AUGGGCCGCCUCGACUUGUCUUCUCUUCUCAACACCGGCAUGUACGCUGACAUCCACCUUGUGUGCACUGGCAAAAAGGGGAACAAGCAGACCUUCAAGGUUCACCGUUCAAUUGUCUUCUCCCAGUGCCAGAAACUAAAGGAGCUGGUUCUCGAGUCGUCAACUGUUCGUGAUGAACUCUUCGGGGUCGACGUCGUCGAUUUGCCGCUGGAACCGGAGAUCUUCGAACGCGUCCUUGCCUUUUUGUAUUCCGGAGAGUACCAGGUCCGAUACCAGGCUGCGGGGACGCAAGCAGAAGAUGGGGAGGAGGAAGUGUGGGACAACACUCCGCACUCUCUGUUCUACUCCACCCGAAUCUGCGGAAUGGCCCAACAAUUCGAUAUCAUCGACCUCUUCUCAGAGUCUGCAGCCGCGCUCUGUGCCGCUGUGCGCAACGCUCUCUUUCACGUCGACUUGCCUGCCGUUCUCGAUGAGCUUUAUGCGACCCUAGGAACGAGCCCCUACUUCACCCUUCACCUGGCAUCAAUCCCUCAUAUGGUGGCUCAUAAAAUGAAGCGGUUCAAAAUCGUCAGGACGCAUCUUCGCCGGGUCCUCUUCAAGCAACCCGUCUUGGCUGCUGACAUUCUCGACGCAACCAUGGAGGCCCUCGAAAAGAGAUGGCACGACCUGUCGAAGCUGUACAGGAUAUCGAAGAAGGCGAGGCGGACCAGGGAGUUGAGCACGAUGAGCAACGCCGUUCUCGCCGUUGUCGCCGAGAUGAUGAUGAUUCGGACCUGGAGCAAGAAAGAAAUGUGA